AUGGUGGUUGCAGAGGCAGCUCUUGCGAUCUCCGGCCAAAUACUAAGCAACCAUCUUAAAAAACACAAUGAUCCAAGGUGGAAGGGAACAACCGCUGGGGCGACAGUGAUGACCCAACAACGGAAGAAGGUGGGGAAGGAGAGUAUGCCGGAAAGCAAAUCGUUCAUGGUCUGUGCGACGACAAUGGUCGCGGUUCCCUCCUCUGUCUUUGGCGGCUACAACAGCACACCAACAUCUCCAGCAGUAGCGAAAGACUUCGUCAUCACAGGCAAAGGGAACGUCGGCGACGCAAGAUGGUGGUUCAGUAAUACUUGUCGACAAGGCAGUAGGCGGAACCGGGCUGUCGGACUCGGUGAUGCAACCGGUGGCUGA